AUGUCCCAGCAACGGGAAGCACAAGCUGCCAAUUCCCCUCCUCGCACCCCUCCCUCUCAGACCGCAAGAUACAAACCCUCUAAGCGCGGAUAUCAAGCCCGACCUUCCGUCCGCGAUGCCUUUCCCGACGCCCCCACGGAGAAUACCGCAAGAGUCAGCGAAUCCGGAGACGAACGAGACCCCCAUGACCUGUCUUUGUCUCCGAAACAUGCAGCUCGAACCUCUAUCGUCGAUAACAUGCUCCUUUCGUUGGACCAAUUCGCCCCCAGCUCGUCCGUUCUAGAUGACUACCGCCUGUUUAAUUCCGCCUUUGAAUCCGACCAGCACAGCCAUUACUCGCAGGAGUCGAAUUCACACGGCAGAUACCGGGGCCACACCUUCUCAUCGUCAUUGUCAUCGGAACCCGACUAUGGAUACGAUGAUGGCAGUGGCCGGUAUGCAACUAUCACAGCCACCAAGGGCCGACGAAGCAACAGCAGUUCCAACCAUCAAACCGCACCGAGGAGGAUGGGAAGCUCUCGCGGCGGGGACGCAAUGAGCUCACGUGUCGGUGCUGGAACCAUGCCACGAACAAACAACACCCGUCAAGGUAGCAAGGGGAGCUCAUCGUCCACCGUAGACUACUCGUUUACAAUUCCGAGAGCACGGACUGAUCAGGGCUUGGACCGACGCUCAAACAGUUUCGACUGCGGACCAAAACGAGCGUAUGUUCCGUAUGCGGAACCUAGUGUUGGUCAGGAUCCGAUGUUGUACGACGAUAAUGAUGCUGCGCCCACUCCGAGUGUCCCAGCUGGACCGCGAAAAGUUCCCGACUAUAGUAAGACACCAACUGCUGCUUCUUCGAGAACACCAGUGGCAUCCCGGCGAACCAGCCCGAAAUCGGCUGCACCCCAGGUUCGAAAGACUCGCCCUGACAACAUCGGCACGGGGACCCUGAGAGUUCGGGAUAAUGAAUUCCAAACUGUGGAUACGGAUCUUGAACCCCCUCCAGCCAUCUCGGAUUCGUUGGAUCCUCCCGCUCCUAGCCCGACUAUUUCCUAUAACAAGCCAGCUUUCCCUCCAGCAGACCCGGUAGUUACAACCACAACCAUCACAUCCAACGGCAACAGUAUCAACGCAAAAGAACGCCCAGGCUUCUUCAGACGUGUGUUCGGAUCCAAGAACCAGGCUCCUGGACCUGCAGAUUCGCCCAGCUAUAACGCCAACGAUCUAUCAUACCUCCAGGACCCCGAGCCCAAGGACAACAAUGGGGCGACUGCCAACCUGAAGGCACGAAAUCUACAAGCACCCAAGAGCUCUGCGGGUGCUUCUCCGUCUUCUAUUCGCACAGGGCCCCCUCAGGUUGUGAACAAAAAGUCCUCGUUCUUCCGUAGAAGAAAGAAGUCGGUGGCUGACCACGUUCCUCCGCCCAUUAUACUUCCUCAGCAUCUUGCGCCUAACAAUAUGGAUACCAUGAAGCCACAGCCAAGCCCCGUGAGCAGUCUGCGGCAGGUCAUGAAUCCGUAUCUCGACCACGUACCAGACAACAAAGAAAAUUCGGACUGGGAGGCUCAGGUACGAGAGCCAUCAUUCUUGCAGGCACAGAAGAAACGGGAAAGCGUAUCGGCUCCUGGUGCCCCAAAAACCAGGAUUUCUCUUCAGCCUUCUGCUCCCUCUCGUGGUCAAGAGAACUUGGCGCCCGCAGAUACUCGUGUUCAAUCGUCGAAUGCUGAAGUGUCUACCGACCAGGUUCUUCAAGACAAGCCUCAGAAUAAUGGUGCUUCUUCAGCUUUGUCCCCCGUGGUGGAAGAUUUCUCGCGCAGCGUCAAAUCUACUACAGAGGCUCCUCGCAUCAAUGUGACCAAACUAGUACUUCCUGAUGAGAAGCCCUGUGAAUCUCCCGUGGAGUCUGUUUCAGAGGCGUCGCAGUAUCAAACAGCUGCCAACACUCCACUUAUUGAGCAAGAAGAACCCAAGGCGGCACCCGACACUGCAGACAGCACAGACGGGCCAGGUGAGGCGAUCGAAGAUGGGCCCACGGCGGCCGAUCGAGAACAGGCCCAAAAACUCUUUGAUAGCCAGGACGAGGUUGUGGGCAGUGAGCCAGCUGCUGCUUGGCUGGGCGAUCCUGAUCGAGCAAUGAUACGAGAAGCGUACAUGCGACUUUUCAAUUGGUCCAAUCUCAACAUUGUUGCAGCCCUUCGGGCUCUUUGUGAGCGUUUGGUGCUUAAGGGAGAAACCCAACAAGUCGACCGAGUACUAGAUGCGUUCUCGACUCGAUGGUGUGAUUGCAACCCGAGUCAUGGCUUUAAGGCUACUGACGUUGUUCACACCAUUUGCUACUCCAUUCUAUUGCUCAAUACCGACCUACACUUGGCUGACAUCGAUUCGAAGAUGACCAAGUCCCAGUUCGUCCGCAACACCAUGCCCACUAUUCAUCGAGUGGCAAUGGACGCCGCCCCCGAGGGAUUCGAAACCCUGCGUCCAAUUCGCUCCAAAACUCAAAACCAACGCCCAGAUUCUGUUUCUGCUCCUACAUCGGCACGCUCUGCUACUUUCCCAGCCGAUGCCAAUCGUAGCUCAUUGGACAAAGACAGCGAAGCUAAUGUUGAUGCGGGGCCAUUGGUCAACACGCCAUUCAAUGGAACCGUGAGAGCUUGGGAGCAACAAGUUGAGAUUGUUCUCAAGGACUUCUACACCUCCAUUCAAAAACAAAGACUCCCUCUUUUCGGUGCUCAGCCGGAGAGAGAGGUCUCACGUAUGGCGUCCAACAAUUUCUUGGGUCCUUCUUCCAGCACGCUUCGCAGAAGUCCCAGCACAAUCAGCAAGAGUGGCUCCGACAUCUACCCCCGCGGCCGCUCAGCUGAUUCGCGCCACGGAGCUGCACGAUGGUCAUCCAAGCCUCGCUCGCGUGCUGGCAGGUUGUAUCCUCCUUCAAUGAUGGGCUCCAGUCGAACCAGCCUGGACGAUCAAUCUUCUGUUUGGAGUCCAACUGGGUCCAGCACCUGGAGUAAAUAUUCUCUGGGCAAGUUCACUUCAGCUUCAGUGGAUUCCUUUGGCUCGGACUUCCCCCGUGGCGAAUACCAGCAAUCUAUCGGUUUCGCCAAUGCUCUGAGCCAAGCCAUCAUCCGCGAGGAUUCAGCUACUUCCGUAUACAGCUACGAGGAGCCAGCCACUCCUCUGCUUGCAGACGAGACCUUGGCCCUUGCCGGUGCCCCGUGGGCCAAAGAAGGAAGCCUCAAGCACAAGCAUCAUCUGGAUGCGGUGGAUAAGAGAGCCAAGGACCGCAACUGGAAUGACUGCUUUGCGGUCAUCCAACAAGGCUGGAUGCGUCUUUUCUCGUUCACCAACACCACCAAAUCGAUGCGGGCGAAGGCCAAACAGCGCGGGGGCGUUGUGGUCGGUGGUGGCAAUUGGACGGAAAAUGCAGAGGAGCUUUGGAAGUUCAUGCUGCGCCAGACUAUCGCCAGCGCUUUGCCAUCGCCUGGUUACUCCAAGUCUCGUCCUCAUGUCUGGGCACUGAGUUUGCCUACCGGGGCGGUUCAUCUCUUCCAGGCUGGAACCCCCGAGAUUGUACGAGAAUUCGUCUCCACCGCCAACUACUGGAGUGCUCGAUUGUCUAAACAGCCCCUUGUUGGGGGUGUCAGCAAUAUCGAAUAUGGAUGGAGUGACGCCGUCAUCAACAGCGCCCUGGUUGGUGGUGAAAGUCGAUCCCCGCCGCCUUCGUCGGGUGCCCGGCCGAGUAUUCAGAGCUCCAUCCGAAGCUCCAUUGAUCAACAGGGCGUGCGGCCCAGACUUCCCGCAGACCGGGUCAACAUUAGUGACUGGAGUCCGCUGCAACAAAGCAUGGUUGCCUCCAACUUCAACGAGGAGGAACAGCUCAAGUCUCUGCAGUCUUAUGUGAAGAACGUCGAAGACGAUCUUUCCAGACACAAUGAACUACGUUCUGCUAUGAACCUGGCCUUCUCUCCACGCCACCCCAACGCUGCCAAAGCCAUGGCCAACUGGGAACGGAAAUCAUCCUAUCUGUUGCGGGAGAUUGUCAAAUUCCGCACUUAUAUCGAUUCCCUACGCAACGCUAUCAAUUCAAAGGAGAAGAUCUACGCUUCUAGCAGCGAAAACAACACUCCAGCCGAGGAGGCGACUGUGGAGCAAACUGCAGUCGCAUAA